CGAGGUGGGCGUGGUCAACGUGCUUUUCAGCGUGGAGCGUGCAGUGGGUCGAUUAGGACGCAUUUGCGAAUGAACUUUGUACUAGUGACCUCACUGGAAUGGCUGCUUCCAUAAGUUUAUUAAAGCACUGUUUUAUGGUCAAGACAGGCAGACACUUAAAGAAUUUACCCAUUGUUCAUUUACACAUUACCAGUACAAUGAAAAGAGCAUCUGAACAUGAUUUCAAUCUUGCAAAGGAACGACUGAAGACGCUAAAGAAAGAUCCAGGAAAUGAAAUUAAACUUCAGAUAUAUGCACUUUUUAAACAGGCAACACAGGGUCCUUGUAAUGCCCCAAAACCUGGUAUGCUUGACUUUGUCAAUAAAGCAAAAUGGGAUGCCUGGAAUUCUCUUGGUGGAUUGCCUCAGGAGCAGGCAAGACAUAAAUAUGUUGAUCUUGUGUCAUCUUUGAUGUUGGCUGAAGCCCCAAACCAGACUGCAGACUCUGCUGUUGAUGGUACAUCAAAAUAUGAGACAAUCCAGUUGACCACUGAAAACAACAUCACUACCAUUCGUUUAAACCGACCUAAUAAGAAAAAUGCCAUUACUGUUGAGAUGUACAAGGAGAUCAUGCAGGCGCUAAAACAAGCUGCUGAAGAAGACUCUGUGUUAACUGUUCUGACAGGUAAUGGUGACUAUUACUGCAGCGGGAAUGACUUAAAUAAUUUUAUGAAUGUUCCUCCUGAUAACAUUAAACAUAUGGCUAAAGAUUCAGGAGAACUGCUUAGAAACUUUGUAAAUUCAUUCAUUGACUUUCCUAAACCAUUGAUUUCAUUGGUUAAUGGUCCUGCUGUUGGAGUGUCUGUCACUUUGCUUGGAUUGUUUGACAUUGUUUAUGCUACUGACAGGGCUACAUUUCACACCCCUUUUAGCCAGCUAGGACAGAGUCCAGAAGGAUGUUCGUCAUACAUUUUUCCAAAGAUAAUGGGUUCAGCAAAGGCAAAUGAAGUCCUUUUGUUUAACAAAAAGUUGACUGCUCGUGAAGCAUGUAGCCUAGGAUUGGUCACAGAAGUCUUCCCUGACAGCACCUUUCAGAAGGAGGCAUGGGCCAGAGUCAAAGCUUAUGCAACUCUUCCAAAAAAUUCUCUGGCUUAUUCAAAGCAGCUAAUCAGAGAAGUGGAGAAGGAAAAACUUCAUAAAGUGAAUACCCAAGAGUGUGAAAGACUGGUGGAAAGGUGGACUUCUGAUGAAUGUGUCAAUGCCAUCAUGAGCUUCUUUCAAAAUAAAGCAAAACUAUAAUUGGAAAAGUGUUUGUAACUGCUUUAUACAGUGCUUUGUAUUACUACGUAGAAAAUAUUGAUAGUAAAUAAUUAGGUGAUUUCCAAUCAGAAGGAAGAACUAUAGCUAUUUCCCAUAAUGAUAUGCAUUUUUAUGGUUUAUGUGCCUUUUGAAUAAUCUGAGUAAUUAACAACUAUGAUAUAACUGAAUAAAAGUAGCCAUCAGGCUUUUGAUUACUGUUAGGCUACUGCUAUAAUUGGUUCAUUUUUACAUCCAAACUGUAAUACAUUAAUACAAUGUAUAUUGCUAAGUCAUGCACCCGAACACAAAGGUAGCUGUAAUGGGAGUGCAUUUUCCAAAACUAUUACAACACCAGCAACCUCGAUCGUUAAUUUACAAGUGUUUCUCAAAACCCAUCUUAACUAAAGAAAUCCAUUAAAUCCUUCUGUGAGCUUUCCAACCUACACAUUAAUCACCAAGUGUCUCUUAAACUGGCUGCCUCUUGAACUGACCAUAAUUACAGACGCAGAAUACAUUAAAUUCAUGACACAACGGUUCUCUGAACAAUUUAGAAUUUACACUUAAUGCAUUUCAUCAUUAAAAUAAUAUAAUCUUAAUACAUUUGUAAGAUAUUUUAUCUACUCUCUAUAUAUAAAAUCCUAAGCCUAAAAGUGCAACGAUUUUGUGCAACAAUUUUAUGUCACUUUUUUGUCAUGCUUUAAAUCUGGCUUAUUUUAAAACCUACAUAUAUAUGUUUGAUAUCAUUCUUUUCAGAAUUUAUCAGACUUUAAUGUGAUGCUGUUAGAUUCUCAGAUUCUUAUUCCAUUUUUAAAUUAUAAACUAAAAAAUAUCAAGAACUCGCGUCCUGCGAGACAAGACUUUGUUCCAAAAGAUUUAACCACGCCCAGAGCCGGAAGUAAAAGACAAAGAGUAGGACAGCUGCUGUAUAGGCUAUUAAAUGUUCUAAGUGCUGUGCAAGAUGCAGAUCACGCAGCAUGGCUGUAGCAGCAAGCCAGCAGCUGACUGAGCAAAGAAGAGGUUAAAAAAAAAAAAAAACUAUUUCCCAUUGUAUCACCAUUUUAAGAGGGUGUUUUGGAGGAGCGACCGUGUCUCCUUGGGGUGCGUUCAGUCCCCCUUUUCACAACACAAGCGGCAGAGACGUGAAGUGGCUAGCGCAUAGCACAGGCCGGGGGGAUUGGCGAGCAAAGCGAGCAGGGAGGGAAUUUCCUAGUAUUUACAUAAUUUAAUCGGUUAAUUACACAUUUGUAAGUUAAUAUGUCUGCAUUCUUUAAAAGUUUGAGUAUUUCACAGAUAUUUUCUGUGUUGCAAUUUUAUUUGGAGUUGAGCAGGAAGAAAGACAAGGAUGGGCAGGAAUUGGAGGGGUUGAUACACUGCCAGUCAAAAGUUUCAUAACACCUCAGCUUUUUUUUUUUUUUUUUUUAAAAUCAGUUGAAAUGCAAUGAAUGGACUAGGUUAGCAAAAGCUGAAAAAAGUUUUUUUAGAAUAUUACAAAUGGGCCUUUGCUUUUGUUUAUUUAUUGUAUGCCUUGAUUUCAUGAAACAUUAAUAUGUUAAACUGCAUGCAUUUCCAUAAAAACUGAACUGUUCUGAAACUUAUCACUGGUUGUGUAUGUUUAGGGAAAGAUAGUGUAGCUGCAGUAAAGAAAACCUAACCAGACGAAUAUCAGAUGAAUUCUGUGAUGAUAUCUCUGACCACCACCUCCCAAACCUAAUCUCACACAUUAUUUAGCUAAAAGCUUAAUCACACGUGCCAUAAAUGUUCUCUUCAUUGAAUCUUUAGGUGAUUUUGCAGUUACUAAGGAUUUUUUUCCGGAUAUGUGUGGCAAAAUGUCCAGAAGUACCAAUGAUGUCUACAUCUGAGCCAUUUUGACAAUACAGUAUGUCAAAAGGGAAGUAACUGUGAGUUUAGUGUUGAUAAGCUUCAGGGUGACAGUGGAUAUCCCCGAUAUGCGUACCUAUCAACAUGUAAAUUCACAGGCUGAUGAAACACAAGGUUUGGGGUUAGGCAUAACAAGAAAGUGCACUUUGGAAAAGUGCAGCUCUGAUUUGCAACCGCUGUCUGAUUUUUUUGUUUGCAUUUGACUUGUAAAACGUGAUGAGAAGUAAACAAAACAUAAUGCAGUAAACAAAUGAACACCUACUUUUUCCAAGUUUAUUUCACCUCACUGAAAGUUCAAAACCUUUUCAAUCAUUAGAUUAGCAGUAUUGUCAAUUGACUUAUUUUUUCAAUUGACUAGUGAUGGUUUUAGGCUGGUGAUUUAGGUGCAGAGUUAACAAAGCAGUACUUUUUAACUCUGUCGAAAAGUAGCCAGUUAAGAGGGGUUUUGUAGAAACACAAAAAAGUCGCAAUGCACGCAGGUAACAUGAGCUAAGCUACCCUUUAAUUCCUUAUGCACUAAGGGGUUUUUAGCAUUAUUGUGCCUAAAUUACAUACCCAACGAAUCACCUCAUGUGUGAGUGGUUAAUUGCUAAGAUUCCUAAUUUUCAGGAAAUGCAUUCCUGCUUUGUUGGUUGUCAACCUAGUUCCAAAAGGAACAGUUCCUUUUUAAAUAUGUCAUUUUAACAUCAGACAUUCUUUUCAGAUCAUUUCCUUGUAUGUCACAAUGACAUAAUACUUCUUUUUUUUUUUUUAAUUACUUUUUAAAUAAAUGUUCCUGAAUGUC